AUGAGUGCCGGGCGGUCUGUGCUCUCCCCGCGGAAGCCUUCCUCCGACGAGGGAGAGGCGUCGGCCGCCCGAGUGGCGGCCAGCGGCAUCGGGGGUCCUGGUGGCAGUGAGGCCGAACCGGUGUCCCCCUUCCAAUUGCGCCCGGUGUUUGUGGCACACACCCCGUCAUCCAGUGCCUCGUCGCAGUCUCCCAGCACGCACUUCUCCAGUGUCUGUGUCAAUGACAAUCAUGUCAUCCUUGGUACCGUGGCCGGGAACCUGCUCUACUACACCAAGGAGGAGCAACUCGGCACCGGCGGCAAGAAGUCCACCUUCUCCCUGAAGGCUGUGAAGCAGUCGGCUGCCGGCUUGAAGGCCCAGCCGGCCAACAUCAUCCAGCCCUUCAUUUCGCGCACCCUGGCGCCACCCUUUGCCAAGCCGGCCGCGAUUGCCGGUGCCGCGGGUGCUGCCUCGUCUGGUGCUUCGGCCAAGCUGGGCGCCGACCCUGUGCCGCCCGGACAGACCAAGGCCGUCAGCUGGAUGGCCAUGAUCUCGGCCAAAACCUUCGCAUCCCUCUGCGAGUCCACGCUUUCCUUCCAUACCCUGCCGCACUUGACGCCCCCCAAGCUGAUGCCCUACGGCCAGCCUGUGUCCACCUCGCUUAAGGCGAAGCUCAAGUCGACGGCCGUCGACCCGACGGUGGAUCCGCGGCAUUUGGCCAGCUGCCUGCGUGGGGUGACCUGUGCCACGUCGGUUACCACGGACUUCUACUCGGGGUAUUCCUUCGUGGCGGCCAUCAAUCAGCCAGCCUCUGGUGUCAGCUCCCAGCUUCGACAGGCGGUUGCUCAAUCGGGCACCUCGUCGUGGAUUGCCAUCGGCCACCCGUACGGGCUGGUGGUGCUUCAGCUGAUUUCCGACCCGGCUGCCAGCGGGUCGGAUAUCGCCGAGGACACUGUCCAAUUCCGGAUCGUUGCCGAAACCGCCCUUCCCUUUGUGCCAUUGUCCCUGGCGGUGUCCCCGCCGCACAUCGCCAAGCAGUCCUCCUAUCCGCAGCUGGUGGUCUGUGUGUCGCAUGCCAGCGGCUUCUCCACAGUCAGUUACAAGCUUGGCGUCGGCCCCGGCAAUGCUCCCCUUUCAACUGGCAUCGUACAGGAGCUCUUCCCCAGUUCUGUGGCGCCGGGGUUUGUGCCGGUCGUCCGGCACAUCCCGGCGACCGAGACCGAAAUGCUGGUGAUCCCGACCCCGGAGAAUGCUGGUAUUCCGGUGGCCACCGAUCCCGGGGAGUUCUCCCUGCUGGCCUUCUCAGGCAAUAAGCUGCUUGCACACACUCUCCAUGCCACGUCGUCGAUUUCGCCCAGUCGGACGACGGUUUUCUUCAGUCUGGCCUCCGCCAGCAGUGGGCUUUCUCCGCUGGCGGUGGACAGUCUCAUUCUGCAUGGUGCCCCCUUUAGUUCGGUGUCCACCAUCUGGCGCGACCGGAUUGAAACCGUGGCCUCCAUUUCGCCGCAGGAUCUAUCCUCCGGAACCGGGGAGACUUCCUGGGCCACGCAAAGCCUGGAUCCAAACAUGGAGGAGGAGCUCCAGGCAUUGAAUUUGCGCACGUCGUUGGCUCCCCAAGCCCCGGGGCCGGCCAACGCCCCCGGUGGGAGCGCCCUUUCGGCCGGGGCCCUGGUGACCAUUCACUACCCGGGAACUGCAUACCGUCUGGCCUUGACCUCCUCGGGCUCGGUGAGUCGGCCCCUGGAUGACCCGUUCCUUCUGACGCAGUGGGGCUUGUUUUCCAUUGCCCCGGUGACCAGUCCCCUGCAAAUUGCCAAUGGCCUGUUGCGGCAGGCUGCUCGGCAUAUUGCCACCGUCAUCAGGGGCCCUGCCGCGGGCGCAUUGCCAAGCGUCGCCGAAGUGCUGGCCACCACCAGUGAUGCGGUGUCCUUGGCCCAUCGAUUUGUCAUUCGCGAGCUGGCAGUCCGCGCCAGCGGCGCCCCGGGCUCCGGAUUCCAACAUGAUGGCCGGUUCCUCGGCAGCUCGGCCUCCAUCACCACCUCGAUGAUCGGCAUGAAUGCCCGCGAUGAGGCGCUGGCCAUGGUGCGCUUUAUCCGCCUCAAGGCGGGCUACAUUUGCCUCGGAGCCAUGGCUCUGUGCCAGGGGCGCGAUUCGGGCGGCAGCCAGCUGGAAGGCCCCUCGGCCGAGGGCGACGCAGCCGACACCUUCGGCCCCUUUGCCUCUGCAAGCCGGGCCUCCGCCGAAGAGGUUGGCGUUGAUGCGCGCCUUGUCUCGGAUCUUCAGCUUUGUCUGUCCUACUGCUUCUCCUGGUUCACCAAGGGCUGUUUGGACCCGCGCGACCUGGUCCGCAUUUUCGCCCUCGGCGGCCUCCUCCCGAGCUCGGCCGUGUCGCGCGAAGAUCCCGCCGGUGCUCCCACCGACCUGACAUCCAGCUCGACACUUCAAAGUGGCAACGGCUUUUCGGACAUGGCCGAAUUGCUCGAGUCACUUCGGCGCACGCAUGGCCCUGUGGCGCGUGACUAUGCCCACAAGCAAUCGCACAUCCUCCUCGCCCGGGUGCUGAUCUACUUCCGCCGAGGCCACCCGGCCAUCACGCCGCCCAUCUUCCCGGCCUUCCGUGCCGAGGUCGACACCGCCCUGCUGGCCUGCCUCAGUCGGCUGGACGCUUCGCAUGCGGCGUUCCUCCUCCUGACUGGUGGUGCGCCCGACGAGGGGCCCCCGCCAGCCAGCAUUGGCCGGGGCAUUGCCGAUCCGUCAGCACCCUUGCUGAUGCAGCUGGCCCCGUUGGUUCCCGCCGGCAUGCAUGCGGUCGAUCUCAUCCCUCGACCGGCGGCCGUCUGGUGGCAGGCGCACUGCUCGGCCGGAAGCGACUUGCCCCUCAUGACGCCGGGCCAUGCCCGCUCCCCCUGCGACGAGGCGCUGGUCCAGAUGUUCCGGUCAUCCCAGUGCUUCACCUCGCCCGUGGGCCGGGCCUUCACGCCGCUCUAUUCCGGCAGCAUUGAUCGGCCAAUGUUUGACACUCUGGCGGCAGCCGGUCAUGCCCGGUGGUUCCUGCUCGCGCAGAAGGCCCGCGGCCAAUUGGCCGACGCCAUCCACCUGUCACUCCACCUGCUCCUUCGCCGGGCCACGGUGGAUGCCACUCGCGCCACGGUAGCCCUACGCUCGGAGCUGGGGGAUCUUGGCCAAACGCCCGACCUGGAGGCCUGGCUUGCCGCGGCCCCGAGUGCCCUCUCGGACCCGGGCCCGGGAGCCGACGGCACGGCCGCCCCUCUGCCGGGGGCCGAACUCAGCCUGAAGGAGCUCUCGGCGUGGGUGCCCUUUUUGGCGCUGGCGGCCCCGCAGCCGGCCAUGCCGGCCGCUCUGCGGGCCAGCCUCGCCUCGGGCCAGCCCCCUGGGCCCGGGUCCGGUCGACCCGGCUCCGAGCCCCUGUCCGCGAAUGGCUCCCCUUCGGGGGACCUGAUUGACGGACUGGCUCGACUGGGGAUGUCCCCGACCGGUGGCCGGGCCAAUCCCCACCUUGCGCACAUUCACGCCAAUUGGCAAGCGGCAUCGGCCCGGGCCCGGCAGGCUGCCUGGCAGGGCUUCACUCGGGCCACAUUGGCUGCCUUUGUCCUGGGCCUGACCGCGACCGAGGGCGGCCUCGAGGGCGGCACGGCGAGCGCCGUGAAGCCUGCCAACCUGGGUACCUUUGUGGCGCACGUUGAGUCCGCCCUGGCGGCCAUGGUGGCCUCCAUGCAUGUGGCCCUGCUCGGGGACCAUGGCCUGCCGGCUGGCGCCUCGACCGUGGCCUCGCCCGGCGCUUCGGGCCCCGGUGGCACGGGCCCCGCCGUGCCGGGCCUGGCCUCGAGGCACUGGCGUGCGGCCGUCGUCGGCGCCACGCUGGCCGCCGGCCGGGGCCUGGUGUCUCUGGUCCACCAGCAUCUUCAGCGUCUGGGGCCUGGGUCGUCUCCUGCGGCGGGUCCGGCCGCCGGCGCCGGAAGGCUGGUCACCCCGGCCGAUCUGGGCGACUGGCUAGACGAGACGUACCUGUGUGCCUGA